AAUGGCAUUUCAGAAGGCAGUGAAAGGAACUGCUCUCAUUGGAGGAGGUGCCAUAGCAACAGUUUUUGGCCUCUCUCAAUUUUCUCAGUAUAGAAACAAACACGGUACCUUUGUGAAUGUUCAGGCUGCAGAAGCUAUGCCUGCUCCAAUGAAGAGUCAUCUCCCCACAAGAGAGCAACAAAUUUUGACACUGCAGACCACAAGUGAAUUUGAUAUCCUUGUUAUAGGUGGAGGAGCAACAGGAUGUGGCUGUGCUUUAGAUGCAGUCACUAGAGGACUAAAAACAGCCCUUCUAGAAAGAGAUGAUUUCUCAUCAGGGACAAGCAGCAGGAGUACUAAAUUGAUCCAUGGUGGAGUGAGAUAUCUUCAGAAGGCCAUCAUGAAGUUGGAUUUCGAGCAGUACAAGAUGGUGAAAGAAGCACUUGAAGAGCGUGCAAAUCUGCUUGAAAUAGCUCCUCACCUAUCAGCUCCUUUGCCAAUAAUGCUACCUGUUUACAAGUGGUGGCAGUUGCCAUACUACUGGUUUGGAAUAAAAUUAUAUGACCUUGUAGCAGGAAGUCAGUGUCUGAAAAGUAGUUAUGUCCUUAGCAAGUCAAGAGCCUUAGAGCAUUUCCCAAUGCUACGCAAAGAUGAGCUUGUUGGAGCUAUUGUCUACUAUGACGGACAGCACAACGACGCACGGAUGAACCUCGCCAUCGCCCUCACUGCUGCCAGGUACGGCGCUGCCACCGCCAAUUACACUGAAGUGCUGCGCUUGCUCAAGACGACAGACCCGGCCAGUGGGAAGGAGCGUGUGUGUGGUGUGCGCUGCAGGGAUGUCCUAACAGGGCAGGAAUUUGAUGUCAAAGCCAAAUGUGUUAUCAAUGCUACGGGACCUUUCACAGACUCUGUGCGUAAAAUGGAUGAUCAAGAAGUACCAAACAUCUGUCAGCCAAGUGCAGGCGUGCAUAUUGUGAUGCCUGGUUAUUACAGCCCUGAUCAUAUGGGUCUGCUUGACCCAGCCACCAGUGAUGGCAGAGUGAUUUUCUUCCUGCCGUGGGAGAAGAUGACUAUUGCAGGGACCACGGACAGCCCGACUGAUGUCACUUCCCAUCCAAUACCAACAGAGGAAGAUAUAAACUUCAUUUUGAAUGAAGUACGCAACUACCUUAGUGCUGAUGUUGAAGUGAGAAGAGGAGACGUGCUGGCAGCGUGGAGUGGCAUUCGUCCUCUGGUCACAGACCCCAACUCCAAAGACACACAGUCGAUAUGCCGGAAUCAUGUCGUUGCCAUUAGCAAUAGUGGCCUUGUCACAAUAGCAGGUGGGAAGUGGACAACCUACCGUGCCAUGGCAAAGGACGCCAUUGACGCAGCUAUUGAGGCGCACCAUUUGAAGGCAGGUUCCAGUAAAACUCUUGGACUGCAGCUGCAAGGGGCUGAGGACUGGAGUCCCACUCUCUACAUUAGAUUGGUCCAAGACUAUGGACUUGAAAGUGAAGUGGCUCAGCAUCUAGCUUCUACAUAUGGCGAUAAGGCUUUUGAGGUGGCCAAAAUAGCCCAAGUUACAGGAAAGAGAUGGCCUAUUGUUGGAAAGCGUCUUGUAUCUGAAUUUCCUUAUAUUGAAGCUGAGGUUGUCUAUGGUGUCAAAGAGUAUGCUCGCACAGCAGUGGAUAUGAUUUCCCGACGUACUCGCUUGGCCUUUCUGAAUGUGCAGGCUGCAGAGGAAGCCCUGCCAAGAAUUGUAGAUAUAAUGGGGAAGGAACUUAACUGGAGUGAGCAGAAAAAAAAGGUA